UGUUCAGAUAGCGUGAUAUAGAAAACUCGCUUUUUCUCUACGUACGAUUAUUACAAGAAAAAUGUAGAUCUGUUUACAAAUUUAAUAUUUUUUUAAAAGCUUAAUAUCUCCAAUUUCCACAAAAUCGAUAAGCGACUAAUAAUGUGGCAAAACCAGACACAUGAUGAUUACGCACAAACAGAAGAUUUGCCCAAUUAUUUAUAUUCUGUUUCACAAAGACUUCCGCCAGCUAACAGCAGUUAUUCCAACUUAGCAACAAUUAAUGGAGGAUUUAAAGAACCCAUGAAAUAUCCAACGAAACAAAAUGAUUGGGAUAAUAAGGAAAAUAUGUAUAGCUCUGCAGAGAGUAAAGAGACUUCGGUUGAAAAGAAAAAAGUUAAAGAUGCAACUACAUCUUCUGCGUCAACAUCAACAAUAAGUAAAUCGUCUAUAAGAACUUUUGAAGAUUAUCGCAGUGUGCAUGCAUGCGUGUACUUUCACAACCACACGGCUGUUAUGAUGGAAAUGGAAGAUAAAGAUACCACCGUUGAACAUAUUUGCGAUACACUUAUUAACAGCGACGAAUUGGGCAUCAACAAACAAUUAUUUUCUCAGAUAUUCACGUUAUGGAUGAUCAGUCCACUUUUAGAACUUCAAUUAAAACCGUUGCAUAAGCCAUAUGAGAUUAGACAACGUUGGACUCAUCUCUUAGAGCAAUAUAGUCAUGCCUCAUAUCACAAGCAGCAAAGAGAUGAACCUAGAUUAAUAUUUCAAAGAAAUGUGUUCUUUUCGCAGCAGCUGGAGGAAAAAAUUAAGGAUCAAAAAAUUCUGGAACUACUCUACGAAGAAGCCAGACAUAACAUACUGCAAGGACGAUAUCCUUGCGAAGAAGUCCACUAUAUUAUGCUUGGCGGUAUUCAAGCUAGAAUUGAAUUGGGUCCCUAUAAUCCACAAGAACAUACUAUACAUUUUUUUAGAGAAAAGCAAGCGAAAUAUUUACCAUUACACGUAAGAAAAAGUUCAACGUGGAGUUGGUUACCGAUCAGUUCCAAAAAUUCAGCCGAGGUCAAGCUUUUAGAACAGUUUAAACGGAUACCAAACGCCACUACCAAUAGAAAGUUGAUGAAGAAAUAUUUGGAAUUUUGUUGGUCGCUUCCAUUUUACGGAUGUGCGUAUUUUGAAGGUCAAAUAGAACAACCUGUGACAGGUUUAACAUCGCUAAUGACGCAUCAGGACCAACCUAUCUUAGUGGCAAUAAAUGCAGAAGGUCUCUAUAUUAUGGACGACAUUAAAUAUGUUCUUCUAUUAGGACUAAAAUUCGAAGAAUUCAGUUGGGAAUACGCCAGACCUUCCAGAGAAGAAAAUCCAAAUUGUUUGCCGUGUCUUUUUAUACAGUUCAAUGUCGUCGAAAAUGGAACGACAGUUUCGAAAAUAUUGCAAAUUUUUUCCAGGCAAGCUAGUUUAAUGGACACAUUAAUCACUACGUUUAUGAAACAAACGAAAUCCAAGAAAAUCGAUGAGAGUGAUAAGUCUCUAGAUCACGUUGUUGGAGAAAUAGAACCGCAUUCAUCUUAUAUUAUGAGCACGAUGUAUCCAUCAACCUUGCCGUGUUUGAGUAAUAAAUUAAAUAGGUUAACUUUGGCGACGUUUGACGAAAAUGGUCACUGCAUUGGACAAAUGGGUUCUUGGUCUUUCAGUUUUUAAAAUUAUUCUUUGUUAUAUUAUAAUUAUGUUAAUUGUAAAUUGUUUUUUUUUAUUAUACAUUUGUAAAUAAAUUACAUACAUAUUUUUGAGUUCAUGUAUAAUAAAAUUCCUUCCUUCAAAUUUCAGGACUCCAAUGCAAUUGAGAAAAGGACUAAGGUGG